CUCCUGAACGCAUCCCCGUGAGUGUGUGGUUUCGUGUCGUCCUCCUGUUUUGUCUCGGAGCAGAGGAAAGAUGCUGGUAUAAAGAAACUGCACACAUGGAUGGAUGGAUAUGAAUAAUUUGGACGUAAACUAUGGAUAGGCCUGUGUUUGGGUUUAAGGAGCACCACUAUGCUUUUACUGGUGUUAACGUUGAUGGUUCCCACAGUCACAAACGCUCUGGAGGUCAUUGGAGGAAGAACGACAACGGUGCAGGGAGGAGCAGCUGUCCUCCACUGUAAACUCAUUGGUACCACAGAGACCCUCACACAGAUUUCAUGGCAGAGAUUGACCAGAGGAAAACCUCGGACGGACAAUUUCUAUACAAUCUCGUCCCAUUAUGGACCAUGCUCUGUCAAUGGCCGUGAUGAUCGGUUUAGGUUCAUUGGGAGUUUUACAGAUAAAAAUGGUACUCUCCAGUUAUCGAAUGUCACACUGAUGGAUGAAGGCAACUACACAUGUGUGUUCACUUUGUUCCCCAGCGGGAUCCAUGAGACAGCGAUACCUCUUAUAGUUCCUGUGCCUCCGGUCACAAGCCUGAAGGAUGCUCAUCCUGCUUUGGGUAACGACGAGGUCCCUCUUAUUACCUGCACGGCUGCUGGUUCCAAACCUCCUGCAGAGGUGAGGUGGCUCACUGGUACUCUGGGAGAGAAAGUGAGGCCGUCAACCAACUCCAGCCUUCAUGCUAAC